AUGGAACUAUUCAACAAGCAGAAGACGAAAAGGCCUAAAAUAUUUCUGACACCGGCUAGUGGCGUUGCUACGUAAACAGAGGGGUAACGAUCCCGAGUUAGGGGGCUUAAACUUCUCAUUAGUCAUUAGUCUCUAACAUUUCAGAGGUUUCAAGCAUGGUCGUCCAAUGGGAUCUAUACGAAAUGUAUCUUGCCUUGUUACAAGCUCCUUUGUAUCACUUAAUAAUAGAAGGGCUUCUAAUGGUUUGGGUUGCUUGGCUUCUCCUCAGGAAACCAAAGAUUCGUAAACCCAAAUUAACUGAGAAGGAACAAGAAGAGCUUAUAUCAGAAUGGCAACCUGAACCUCUUGUUCCAGAUACACCUGAAGACCAUCCUGCUCUUGAUCCCUUUGUUGUGGAAGGGAAAGUUGGAAAAUAUGUUUGUGUAAAUGGCAGGGAUUGCCUUAACCUUGCUACACAUAACUAUCUUGGACUGGUUGAAGAUAAAACUAUGGAAGACAGUGCAGUAGAGUGUAUAAAAAAAUAUGGAGUGGGAUCCUGUGGUCCUAGAGGCUUUUAUGGAACUGUUGAUGUACACUUGAAUCUGGAAACACGGCUGGCUCAAUUUAUGGAACUCGAGGAGGCGCUCAUAUACUCUUACGGGUUUUCAACAAUUGCAAGUGCUAUUCCUGCGUACGCGAAGCGAGGCGACGUCAUAUUUGCUGACGAAGGAGUCAAUUUCGCUGUGCAAAAAGGACUUGAAGCUUCCCGCAGCGAUGUUCGAUUUUUCAAGCACAACGACAUGAAAGAUUUAGAGCGGCUAUUGGAGGCUCAGCGAUCAAAAGAACUUAAGAAUCCUAAAAACGGGAAAAAUGUCAGGAAAUUUUUAGUAAUAGAGGGAGUUUACAUGAACAGUGGAGAUAUUUGUCCCCUGCCAGAGAUUGUCGAGUUGAAAUCAAAAUACAAGGUUCGUUUAUUCGUUGAUGAGAGCAUAUCAUUCGGCACUUUGGGACGCCACGGUAAAGGAAUUACGGAAUACUAUGGUAUCCCAACGGAUCACAUUGAUUUAAUCAUGGGAAGCCUUGAAUAUGCCAUUCCGUCAGUCGGUGGGUUCUGUGUGGGAACAUCUUAUGUGGUUGAUCAUCAGCGCCUUUCUGGACUAGGCUAUUGCUUUUCUGCCUCUCUACCUCCCAUGCUUGCAGCGGCAGCAAUUACUGCUAUAGAUAGCAUGGAGAAAAAUCCAGACAUGUUUCUGGACUUAAACAACGUGUGUCGUCAAUUACACAGUGCAUUGUCUUCACUCCAUCAACUACGCCUUGGUGGUCAUAAAGAUGCCCCAGUCAAGCAUUUACGCCUUGCAAAGUCGACGGGGUGUAAUAAUCAUGAUGGUCAAUUACUUCGACAAAUAGCAAAUGAAUCAAUGAAAAGGGGUUUAGCUGUUAUUGUAGCCUCAUACUUGGAUCAGUCAGAACGCUUCUUACCGCAACCCAGUCUGCGAUUGGCGGCCAACCGGCUGCUCACUGAAAACGAUUUAGAUAAAGUGAUCAAAAUUCUUGAGGAUUCUUGUACUGCUAUUCUUAGUUGAAAUAUAAUGAAGUUGCCUUUGCAUUCCAAGUGCUCUCCAGAGUCUAGAAGCCAAUAAACAAAUGUAAUGGA